AUGACAUCAAAUCACAUACUCAUCAUCAUUAAAACGAUCUACGCCAUCCGCCAGUCCAUCUCUAAAGCCCUCGUCGCCUUCUACCAGAAGUACGUCGACGAGCAGUUGAAGAAGGAGUUCAAGGACAUCCUCGUGAGUUACGACAGGACAUUGCUGGUGGCAGACCCUAGGCGCUGUGAGCCCAAGAAGUUUGGAGGACGCGGCUCCCGCGCGAGGUUCCAGAAAUCGUACCGUUGA